AGUCGGGACGCGGCGCCGCGCUCCGCACCCCGCGGAGCGGCGCGGCUGGCCCGGCCCAGCCCGGAGCCAUGCCGCUGCCGUGCCGGGGCUGGACGCUGGCGCUGCUCACGCUGCUCGUCGGCUUCCUCAUCUUCGCCGACAUCUCCGAGAUCGAGGAGGAGAGCGGGAGUUCUGGAGGCAGAGGUACAAUCAGAUCAGCUGUGAACAGCUUACAUAGCAAAUCUAAUAGAGCUGAAGUAGUAAUAAAUGAUUCUUCGUCUCCAGCUGUUGUUGACAGAAGUAAUGAAAGCAUUAAGCACAACAUUAAACCAGCCUCAUCCAAAUGGAGCCACAACCAGACACUCUCUUUGAAGAUCAGAAAACAAAUCUUGAAGUUCCUGGAUGCAGAGAAGGACAUUUCGGUGCUGAAGGGGACGUUGAAGCCUGGGGACGUCAUCCACUAUGUCUUUGACAGGGACAGCACCAUGAACGUCUCCCAGAACCUCUAUGAGCUGCUGCCCCGCACGUCGCCCCUGAAGGGCAAGCAGUUCCCGACCUGUGCCAUCGUGGGCAACUCGGGGAUCCUGCUCCACAGCGGCUGUGGCCCUGAGAUCGACGCGCACAGCUUUGUGAUAAGGUGCAAUCUGGCCCCUGUCCAGGAGUACUCGCAGGACGUGGGCAUGAAGACAGACCUGGUGACUAUGAACCCUUCGGUCAUCCAACGGGCCUUCGAGGAUCUGGUGAACGAGACCUGGCGAGAGAAGCUGCUGCAGCGCCUCCACAGCCUCAAUGGCAGCAUCCUCUGGAUCCCAGCCUUCAUGGCCAAGGGGGGCAAGGAACGAGUGGAGUGGGUGAACGAGCUCAUCCUGAAACAUCACAUCAAUGUCAGGACUGCCUAUCCCUCGUUGCGCCUGCUGCACGCUGUCCGAGGGUACUGGCUCACGAACAAAGUGCAUAUAAAACGACCGACCACCGGCCUCCUCAUGUAUACCUUAGCCACUCGCUUCUGCAACAGGAUCUAUCUCUAUGGCUUCUGGCCAUUCCCCCUGGAUCAGAACCAGAACCCAGUCAAGUACCACUACUACGACAGCCUGAAGUACGGCUACACUUCACAGGCCAGCCCGCACACCAUGCCCUUGGAGUUCAAAGCCUUAAAGACUCUGCACCAGCAGGGAGCCUUGAAGCUGACUGUGGGGGAAUGCGACGGGGCCACGUAAGGUGGCCUCCGCAGCUCGCGUUCCUGCAGGCUACACAACCAUGGGAGGAAGGGGAGGGGGAGGAAAGGACGAGUGGUGCCUAGUGGGGUUGGUUUUCUUUGUUCAUGCGCAGGACAGUGACAAAAAUAUAUAUACGUGGUACCUACAUAUAUUGACCUGAGUAUUAUAACUGUUUGGUGUUCACCAAGGAAGGGACAGGAGAGAUGCAGGAGCAUCUGAAGUGACUGGCCUGGGCAAGAGACCUUGCCUUGGGCUUGCUAGGCUUGGAAGGAUGUUAGAUCUACAUCCAAAAUGUGUGAAGGUGACCUUGGUUUUUGAGGGUAUGUUAGGUGAUGGGUAAACGUUAAGCCUUUUGUUGUGACUGGUCCAAGGUUGGUAGUUAGUUUGUCUGGCCGAGAACGCCGGUGCUGGCGCUCCAGUAGGUCAUGUUCUUGGCUCCGUGGCAAUGGUGGGGACGGGGAAGGGGGCUGGGGAGCGGGGUGGGCAGGGAAGGUUUGUUGGGGGCUCUCAUGGCCGAGGGGUUGCCUGCAUGUCUGGAUGGGACCAGAGCAGGACCCAUCUCCUGCCCGGCAGGGACUGUCUCCCAGUUAGUGGUGCCUAGCACCUGUCAGAGUCGCACGCAGAUCCAUCCAUCCGAAAAGGCUUGGGCGUGCGCACGUGCCGGGCAGGGCAGCCUGUCGGCCGCCGGACCAUGAACGCCGUCUUCGGAGGGGCGGAGGAGAAGCAUCCACUUUGGCUGCAGGAGAUGGGGAGCUGUGUGGAGGUGAACCGAUUCCAGUGAUAUUGCUCUGAAAAAGGAGAUGGGAGGGUCUUCUGGCACGGUUGGCGCAGGGCUGGGCGGAUGGUGAGGAGGGUGCUGAGCAAAGCUGCUGGAAUGGAGCAGGAAGGGGGUUUGCUGCUGCAAACUGGUACCAUCAGUUUUAAGUGUCUUACUGUGCCGAAGUGUGAGAUGCUCAGCAUCUGUCAGGGCUUGUGAAAACCAUAAGUACAUUUAGCUCUUAAUUCCCAAACGCUACCUGCUAAGCAGCCUGCCUUCUCUCCCCCUCCAAAAAUAACUGCUGAAAUAUUGGUGAUAGGCCUGAGACCCAGCCAAGCAGAAAGACCGCAGGACUUAAAGGGACUUUGUCAAGUCUAAAUAAUUUAUUUUCACUUCUCCCCAAAGAACUAGCGUACAGCACAGUAGUCCUUAAGUCCCGUUCUGUCCUUUUUUCAAGCCCCGAUUGGUUCUUACUCUGAAGACUUGAACACGAUGUCAGGCGUACCUAGAUGGGACGCUUGCAUAGUGAUGAAUGUCACAGAAAUAAUUAAUCUUUUUUCCUAUUUUUUAAAAGUGCCCAAAAUAUGAAAAAAGUUCUUAUAACCAAAUUUGCUUUUCUUUUUUUUCUGGGUUUAUUUUGAGGGGAGAAGCUAGAUUGGUCCGGUUAGCUCAUUUCAUUUUCUGCUUCUGUAGCCUAUUCCACCUAUUUCCUUAUUAGCACUUAGUGCCAGCAUGCAGGUGGGUCUGGGGUGCAGUGAGUGCGGUUUGGGUUUAAUUUCUGUGAGGGGAAAUAACAGGACACAGCAGAGCCUCGGACCUGCAUUGCAAUGCUUUCAUGAUCUUUGUGCCUCUUCCUGUUGCUAUGUUUUUAAAGUAAAAAAAAAAGUAUAAGUUUUGGAGUUGAAAUACUUGACAUUGUCUCUUUAAAAAGCAAGUGCUUUAAGUGCUAAAAGAAAGAACUCUCUUUCAUGUUUUGGGACCUAGAAACUACUGUACCCAUAGGAACCUCUAGCUUGCUAAUUAGUGUCAGAUGAAGAUGCCUAAGAUUAAGGUGUAAGCAACAUUAUAGUGGAUAAAUGUUGGCUAAUCUGCCACAGGGGGAGGUUUCUUUCCAACUCUGGGAAAUGAUUUCCUUUUUGCAUUUUUUAAACUUUUUUUUUUACUUAAGCUUAGUCGCGCGAUAAAGCUAAAUCUGGCUGUGAACAUCAGUUUAAGUUGUUGGUGUUUUCUGAGAUAGGAGGAGACAGAGAAUAAAGCUGCAAAAUGAAAUUAGUUCUGCAGUCACGGGGAGCUUCACCCGAUUCAGGAGCAUUAAGCCAGAUGAUUCCCUGGUUUGUCCCCUGCGGGGAGGAGGGAGAGGCUAGGGAUGAAGCCACAGGACUAUUCAAGUCAGCUGUUGUGUUGAGGGGCCGGGGCCAAGGUACUGAUUGCUGUUAGCAAACCUUCUUUUUAAAUAAAAAUACAAGAAA